GCCGUCAACCCAGCCAUGGCGCCGCCGCAGCACGACCCGCGCCGCCCCUACAAGCGCCCCGCCAUCUCCGACCAGCAGCGCCGCCGCGACUCCGCGCUCCACACCCAGUCCGCCCGCCGCGCCGACGCCCAGGCGCGCGCGCGCAGCCUCGCCAACUCCCUCCUGUCUCCCCAGCCGCCCCCCUCCUCCCCCGCCGCCUCCGACCAACCCCCGCCCUCCCCCGACGCCCGUGACGAACGUGGCCAUGACCCCACCGUCGCCGACGUCGCCUCGGCCACAGCCAAGCUCCGCGGCCCCGACCAGCGCCGCUGGUUCGCCCGCCAGAUCAUGCUCCCCGAGUGGAUGGUCGACGCCCCUCCCCACCUCGCCCGCGACUGGCACGUUUCUGCCAGACCUGCCGGCAAACGAUGCAUGGUCGUGUCGUCGAACGGCAUCACGAUUAGCAGGCUCCGUAACGGGACCAUUCUUCACCGGUUCCCCUCGGCCUUGCCCAACGGGUCAAAGAGAGGACUCUCUGGCCCGGCAAGCUCCUACUCUAUCCUCGACUGCAUAUUCCAUGAGCCCGAUGAGACGUACUACAUCGUUGAUAUGAUUUGUUGGCGAGGCUAUUCGCUGUAUGAUUGCACUGCCGAGUUCAGGUUUUUCUGGGUGAACUCUAAGCUUAUGGAGACUUCUGCUGGUGAUCCUCCGUCGACAUACCAUCGGUAUAGAUUCAGUGCUGUCCCUAUGUAUGAGUCGACGCUUGAUGGCCUUCAAGCAGCAUAUUCAGGAAGCACACCUUAUGUUAAAGAUGGCUUGCUGUUCUAUAACAAGCAUGCACAUUAUCAAGCUGGAAUCACCCCCCUUACAUUAGUAUGGAAAGACAAUAUCUGCAGCCAAUACCUUCUUGACACGGAUAGUGAGGGACAAGUUCCAACUGAGCAACACGUUGUGUUGGAACUGCAAGAGGAUGGAAAGCUAGUUACUUCUGAUGAUCCUCCAAUUGCAUUUGGUAGCUUGGACAACGAAUUUAUCCAGAAGUCAAACCUGCGGCCAGGUAACCUUCUUCGCUUCAGUGUAAGAGAUGAAAGUGUGAAACUUGUGGAUGGAAAGAUGGAGAUUGGUGAGCUGCAACUUGCCGGAAAGUUGAACCGUUCUCGUACUUUUGCUGACAGCCUCUCCAAAGUUUUAUUCCAGUAUGCUGCCAGGCAUGCUCCUCUGAGAAUUGAGGAUUUGGUAGCUUCUGUUCAAUCAAACAGUAUGGAGAUUGAAUCCACAGAUGUUGAAAUGCAAGGUUGAGUGGCAGUCAUUCAAUGCUGAGGCAGUACAUGUGCCAGUUUUGGCGUUUGACUGGAUACCAUGUUAGGUUGAAGUAGAUGCAAAGCGAGACCAAGGUUCGGCUCACUCUCUUAUUAAUGCGUGGUGUUGAACCAGACACUUGUAAAAUCACUCAAUACCUUAUAUUUCAUGGACGAAUUUCAGUACCAGGUUUUUGAUUAAAUACCCAUAUGUGUCUGCUUUUAGGAAACCUGCUGAUAACGAGUCAUGGUUUUACACAAGGGCGAGACAAUUGUACCGACUCUUGUGGUUGUAACUUCAGUUGUCAACUGAUCUAGCGUACACGGUAAAAAAGAGAGGUUUGAUGGUUCCUUUUGUAAAUAAUACUUGUCUGCAUAUGGCAGGGGUGAGUUCGUUGUGGCAUUCAGGUGGCGAUUUGAGCAAACGACGUGAUGGUCUGGAAGCCGUGAUCCUCAGGGAGCGGCGCGUUCCCAGGUCUGAUCGAUAUAAGCACCUCAAGACCUGCAAAACCAGUAGAUGAAUCAAGCUACCUCUGACCUGUGAGUAUGCGAAAGACAAGCACUAUGGAUCUACGGCGCAGCUUAUAUUUUAUGAAGCGCUGCUUGUUUAUCAUGAGCCUAAAACAUAUAUUACUGGCUGCUUUUGAGCUGGGUGGAGGUUUUUCGAACGAAAUGCUGUGUUCUAUUCAGUUAUAUAAAAUGCUGUUUGAGAA